AUGUCGGCUCACCCGUCCCAUGCGUUUUCUCCCUCCGGGGACACAUCCAAGGCUCACGCCAGAUCGCCUCCGACCCAUCCCGACCUUUCCUCCCGAAUUAGCGAUCCUUCCAUCAAAGAAACCGAGCCGUCUGUAGAGACGGAGCAACCACCAACCAUCUCGCCGAGCUAUGAUCCUGCAAGGAACGAACAAGGAUGCCCGACAUCAGGCACAGAUAAUGUCGAACCGGAUGAAAACAUUUCAGAGCAAUCGUUUCAGCCUUUCUUCACCAUCCUCGCGGAUGCCCAUAGCCCCGUAAUUCAUCACCCAACGGUGCACUAUAUAUUCUCCGAUGACGACACCGAUAUAAUCAAGGAAGCCGGGUUUCGCAGUCUUCACAUGCAGAGAAUCACUAUACCCUCAAUAGAAAAAGACAGUGAGCUCGAAGAUGAUCACGAGGGUUCGACCGAGCAUGACCCGGAAGAAGAGGAGAAACCCGCUCUUCCACCUGCGAUUCCUGGCGUCCGAACCCACUACCUCCUCCUCGACGUCAAACCCUUCGCAACUGCCGUCGAAAGGAACACUAGUGCAGUCCAAAAUAUGAGCACCUUCCCAUCAGUACCAAGUGCGAGCCCUUCGAACCCGGUAUCUGCCUUGCCGAAACCCGACCAACCCGCUGGGCUCCAUACUCGAGCUCAAUACCGUGUGAACUCCGCAAAGAGCUUCUCUCCAACUUGGCAAAUUCUCAAUGCAGAGCUUGUUCCUGCGCCAACAUUCGACUAUCAGGAUAACAGCGAUGCACAGUCUCAUGGAAUGAUGCUGAAUAUUCGUGGGACAUCCGGCGCUCCACAGGAACAGCGGAACAAGGAAGAGGGACUAGAGGAUUUGAUGGAUAGGUUUGAAAGCCAGAUGGCAGAGCUACAGGCCGUGAUCGAUUUGGCGAAGGUGGAGGAGAACCCGAGAGAUGGACAGGCUGAUGAAAUCCCAGCUAUGACCACGGCUGCAGAAAAUAACUGA